CCUGAAAAAACGAAACAUAAAAAACUUUCUUCGCAGCUGAAAAUCCCAUGUUACUGAAAAUAGCACAUUGGAGUGUCCAAAACAGGCCUAUGCAUUGAUUCAGGAGCACUCGACUAUAUUUGAAUCGAUCAUUGACGAUGUGUGAAAAACGCCCUGAAACAAUUUCUAUUGGGGUGUCAGGAUGUCCGCUUAUUGAUCAUUUACCAUACGACUGAUCUCCGGCCCUAUUCAGCAAAUUGCCUCUCAGAAGCGAGCACCAUACGCGUAAUGUUUAUCGUUGAAGCUUCUUCAAAAACGCGCGGCAAGUUGUGAUGUGUUGAUAUGAGUGGCAGCAUUUGCAAGAAACAUAGGUAGGUGUAUCUAAACAUGAUGACAAUGAAGAAACAAGUAAUAGAGGAUGAGGCCUCUGCAAAAGAGAAGCAAGACUUGAAAGCGAUCGAAAAUGCAAAAAAAAUGAAAAAUCAAGAGAAUGAGUAUCUAGAACUGUUGGAGAAGAUGAGGUACGAUUUUUAUGCCAUCUAUGGAAAGAAAAAGGAUACGUUAAGUUCUUUGAAUGACUUCGAAAAUAUGAGGACUUUGGGCGGUGGUUCUUUUGGCGUUGUUGUGUUGGUGAAGAAUAUCAGCAAUGGCGAAUUCUACGCGAUGAAAGUUCUCGACAAACGUCGAAUAGUGAAACUGAAGCAAGUGGAUCACACCCUGUACGAAAAAAAUAUUUUAGCUGCGGUGAAAUUUCCAUUUCUCGUCAAUCUGGAAUAUUUCUACAAGGACAACAGUUACCUGUAUUUUAUAAUGCCAUUCGUGAAUGGAGGCGAGCUCUUCACCCAUCUUAGAAGGUUGAAAAGAUUUGACGAACCGAUGUCGAAAUUUUAUGCUUCCCAAGUAGUUCUAUGUUUGGAGUAUCUUCACAACUUGGACAUCAUUUACAGGGAUUUGAAGCCGGAAAAUAUCCUUCUGGAUAAUAAAGGGUACAUCAAGCUAGCCGAUUUAGGAUUUUGUAAGAUCGUCAGGGGAAGGACGUGGACGUUAUGCGGCACACCGGAGUAUCUAGCGCCGGAGAUCAUCCUCAGCAAGGGCUACAGCAAAUCCGUGGACUGGUGGGCCUUCGGUAUCUUCAUCUACGAGCUGAACGCCGGCCUGCCGCCAUUCAAUUCUAUGGACCCGAUGAGGCUUUACGAAAAGAUCGUCGCUUGCAAAUACAAGUUUCCACCUCAUUUUUCCAGCGAACUAAAGGACCUGGUGAAGAACAUCCUGCAGGUGGACCUGACCAGAAGGUUUGGCAACUUAAAGGCAGGAGUACAGGACAUAAAAAAUCACAGAUGGUUCCGUGAUAUAAACUGGAUGAACAUCUACCAACGAAAAGUUGUCCCAAGUUAUAAACCAAUAGUUAAGACUACAGGUGAUGCCUCCAAUUUCGACCAACAAGAGGAGACCAAUCUUCAGAUAGCUACGGAAGAACUGUAUCCAAACGAGUUCAAAGCUUUCUGAUAGGUUUUUACUGAUGGUUGUUGUGUCAAGACUUGGAUUUUGCACCGUUUUAUAAUAACUCAUAAGUGGAACACAUUACCAAAGAUUUUUUUUUAAUUGGUAGUUGCAAUACCUUGUAUAGUUUCUGUUGUUCUCUUCGAAACUAACUUGUUACCACAAUGUUUGUCUUACAAUAAAGUCUGAUUCUUUGAGGGGA